GUCUCCAGUACAAAAUACUUGGUGCUUUCCUCGCUUAUUUAUUUAUUUUGUUCUCGAAGAGCUCGAUCUGAAUAUUAUUUCACCUCUGAAGAUGGCUCCAGUAUGGACAAUUAUUUUAUUUCUCAACACAAUAUCUCCAGCUCUAUCUGUGGAUUUGUCCAGACCAUCAUUUCUCUCAGUGAAGUCUGGAGAACGUGUUACUCUUAAAUGCCCAUUUGGAGAUAUUCCUAAGGCUGAAAGUGUGGUCUGGUACAAACAUAUAUUUGGAGAAAUGCCUCAAAAAGUGGGAGAAAAAUUAUCAUUUAAAGGUAUCAAAAUUUCCCCCGAGUUCAGAACUUCAGGAUUUACAAUGGAGGCGACUGAUAACGGCAUUUCUCUGAUAAUUCCACAUAUAAUAAAGGAUGAUGGUGGACUUUACUACUGUGGAAGAUUUAGCUGGGAGAAUUUUACAUUAUCUAAUGGAACUUUCUUGGAUGUAACAGGUAAUGGAGAUGUAAAAGUGUCAGUGUUCCAGAGCGGUGUGUCGGACUCGGUUCCUGCAGGAGCGUCAGUGACUCUGCAGUGCUCGGUUCUCUCUGAGAGCAGAUCAGCAGAACUCCAAGUGCUCUGGUUCAGAGCUGCUCCACCACAAUCCCAUCCUCAAAUCAUUUACACUCAUCACAACAGCAGCCAUCAGUGUGAGAGCGGCUCUUCUACACACACCUGUGUGUACAACUUCUCCAAGAACAUCCUCAGCCUCAAUGAUACUGGAACUUACUACUGCGCUGUGGCCGUGUGUGGGAAGAUUAUUUUCGGGAACGGGACACGAGUACAAAUAAAGAACAUUCCAAAAUCUGUAAGAACAAUCUAUCUCGCAGUAGUGGUGGCAGUGUGUUUGGUUGUGAUCUUCACUCAAGCAUUUAUAAUCUGUAAAAAGAGGCACCGUGACCAAUCUAGAGGUGAGUCUGUGAGAUACAGAACUGUAAAUAAUUUUGUAAACUAUAUAGUACUUUACUUCAAUGUUAUGUGCUAUUUUAUGUGUAGAUUCCUGACAAAUAAUCCUGGUUAAG